AUGGCUCGCAAAAUCCUCUGUGUGGCCGAAAAACCUGCCAUUGCUCGCGCUGUGGCCACUCAUUUGUCCGGAGGUUCUUUCCAAACACAUUCCAUUCGUGGCAAUCAAUAUGUGAAAAACUACGAGUUCAAUUUCAAUUUCGGGGGCGCUUGGGGUGACUGCGCCGUCACGGUGACCAGUGUGGUGGGCCAUCUCACAGGUCUGGACUUUGAUCGCCAGUACAAGGGCUGGCAAUCAUGUCCUCCUGGAUCACUCUUCGAGGCCCCGGUACUGGAAGCUGUGGACAAGGUGAGUAAGUGUCAACAGUUGUCUCGAUCCAGUGCUGAUGCUCGUAACAAGGACAAACUCCCAAUUGCAGAGAACAUUCGGAACCAGGCAAAGUACGCGAAGGCGCUUUUCAUCUGGACUGAUUGUGAUCGGGAGGGUGAGCACAUUGGCUCUGAAGUCCGCAAUCAGGCGAAAGCUGGAAAUGGUCGGAUUGAAGUCAAGCGGGCCAAGUUCAGUAACACGGAACGCGCUCACGUUCGCCAAGCUGCUCUGGCACCAAUUGACCUUGAUGAGUAUCAGGCCAAUGCCGUGGCUGCUCGGAUCGAACUGGACCUUCGAAUAGGAGCUGCGUUCACCCGCCUGCAGACCCUGCAGUUGCAGACAGUUGUGGCCGCUUUGAAGGAAAAGGUCAUUAGCUACGGAUCAUGUCAAUUUCCAACGUUGGGAUUCGUUGUUGACCGAUACUUGAGAGUCAAGAACUUCAAACCAGAAAAUUUUUGGGGACUCAAAGUCAUCGUCAAUCGGGAAGGCAAGAAAGUCAACUUCCUUUGGAAACGGGUACAUCUUUUUGACAGAGCCGUUGUGACAAUGAUGCUGGAGCGCUGCCUUGUUGCAAAACAAGCAAAGGUCACGAAAGUUGACCAGAAGCCCAAAAGCAAAUGGCGGCCUUUGCCUUUGACCACUGUUGAUCUGCAGAUGAUGGGAAGUAGAUUCCUCCGCAUUGACAGUCAGACUAUUAUGAAGGUGGCGGAGACACUAUACACCAAGGGAUACAUCAGUUAUCCUCGAACAGAAACAGAUCAGUUCGACAAAGCAAUUGAUCUGAAAAAGUUGGUGGAGAAGCAAUACCCCGAUAGCUCGUGGGGUCAAUACGCCCGAGAACUCAUCGACGGCAAGUUCAAGACUCCUCGAUGGGGCCGCCACAAUGACAAGGCCCAUCCACCCAUCCACCCAGUAAGCUGGGUCUCUCCAAGCUCACUUAAUGCGAACGAGAAGAAGGUCUACGAAUUUGUGGUCCGUCGAUUCCUCGCCUGUUGCUCUGAUGACGCAAAGGGCCAGAGCUCGGAAGUUGAGAUUAAGUACGGCGAUGAGUUCUUCCAUGCAAACGGCCUGAUUGUUUUGGAAAGAAACUAUUUAGACGUCUACGUCUACGACAAGUGGGAAAGCAGUCAACAGCUGCCCAAUUUUGAAAGAGACGAAUCAUUUGAGCCCACAGAGGCCAACAUUUUCGAGGGCAAGACGACCGCUCCAAGCUAUCUGACUGAACCCGAGCUCAUUGGUCUGAUGGAUGCCAAUGGAAUUGGUACUGAUGCCACCAUGGCAGAGCAUAUUGCCAAGAUUAAAGAGCGAGAGUACGUUGCCGUGAAUACCCGGGGCAGUGGUCGCUCUUCAGUUUCCGAACUGAUCCCAACACGCCUUGGCAUUGCCCUUGUCGAGGGCUAUGACAAUGUUGUCGCGGGUCUUCCAAACAGUGUGUCUCUCAGCAAGCCGUUCCUCCGAAAAGAAAUGGAGCUGCGAAUGCUUGAAAUCUGCUCAGGCAACAAAACUCGGCAGGAAGUCGUGCAGCAAAGCCUUGACAUGUAUCGAGAAGUCUUUAUUCAUACGCAGAGGCGUAUCAAUAUGCUCAAGACUGCCUGUCGGAAAUACCUUGUCGAAACGCCCGAGUCGUGA